AUGAUUGAAACUUUAUGUAAAGACUACUUUGAGACACCUUUGCAUUAUAAACAAUCAAAUAUCAGAUUUCAAGGAAAGUCAUUAAAAAAAUUAUUAAAAAAAGAUGUUAGUAUAAUGAAUGAUCUCUAAAAUGUCCAUGAUUUUGGUGAUCAAAUAUUAAGGAUGAAUUACCAAGAGGUAACAAAAUAAGUUCCAUACUUUUUGAAAUGA